AUGAACUCAAUUAAAAAAAAUGUUGAGCAGGAUUACUACGAUAUUUGUAGAAAGUUUCUAUCGUUGAUCGGCCAGUGGCCUAAUCAGAGACCGCGUGAGAGAAUGCUUUGCAUGAGUGUUAUCGUUACAUGGCUUAUUACUUUGCUUGCGGCCCAGGCAGCGCAGUAUUACGUAUGCGAGACGACACAAUGCAAAUUUCAAACUUUACCAAUGCAUUUGACUUCAUGGUUAAUUUUCGUUAAAGUAUUAACUUGUCAUUUUAAUAAUCGAAAAAUUAAAUGUCUCAUAGAACAGUUACACGCAAAUUGGAAUAUUCUCAUUCAAGAGGAACGAAAAAUUAUGAGAAGAUACACAGUGAACGGAAGAUGGUGCACUUUCGCAUACGCCUCCUUAAUUUACAUUAGUGCGUCCACAUUCGGGGCAAGUGCGCUUUUACCGCGUAUUAUGGACGUUAUAUUUCCCUUGAAUGAAUCUCGUCCGAUAGUAUUGCCUGCUCCGGCAUACUACUUCAUCGACGAGGCUAAAUACUUUUACUACAUAUUUUUCCAUCUUCAGUUCGGCGGCAUAGUAUGUCUUACCGGACUUAUCGCGCACGAUUGCAUCUUCUUAACUUACGUCGAACAUGUCUGUGGCCUUUUUGCCAUUGUGGGAUAUAGGUUUGAAAAUCAUUUAUACAAACGCAAUAUUACGAGCAAAAAUCUGAUUAAUCUUUCAAAUGAUAUAUAUGUUGAAAAUAUUGCGUUUUCCAUUCAACUUCAUCAAAGAGCUCUGCAGUUUGCCACUCUUAUCGAGGAAAUCUUUUCUUUGUCCUUUACCAUACAAAUUCUGAUUAUUGUGAUUGUCAUGAGUACUAGUUUAAUACAAAUCUCGGAGGAACUGAAGAAUGAUGUAACAGUAGUAGUGAAAUAUUUUAUAUAUAUCGUAGCUCAGUUAUUCCAUUUACUAGUUCUCAGCUACCAGGGACAAAAAUUGAUAAAUCAUUGUCUUGAAACACACGCAAAAAUUUAUAAUGGAUUAUGGUACAAUAUACCGGUGAAGUCGCAAAGGCUGCUGCUAUUCGUCAUGAGAAAGAGCACGGAUAUUAUUUCCUUGUCAGCUGGAAAGAUAUACAUAUUUUGUCUAGAAAGUUUUACUUUGGUAAAGUAA